GGGAGUGAAUAGCGUUUGCGUGGUGCACGUGCUGGUGCGUGCGGGCGUGCGCGGCGUGUUCUGAGGCGGAACAGAGACACACACACACACACACACACACACACACAAACACACACACACGGAGGAAGCGGCAGGAGGGCUGGGCGCCAUGGCGGGGCAGGGCGGGGCCGUGGUGGAGGCGCUGCUGGAGGAGUGGUGGCGGCGGCAGGCGGAGGGUGAGAGUCGCCUGGCAGCGGCGGAGCAGCAGGUGCGGGAGGCGGCGCGGGAGGUACAGCGGCUGUGGGGAGCCGUGCGGGAGUGCGAGGCGCAGGGCAGGGAGGAGGGUGCCGCGGUGGCCUGUCUCACUGGGGAGGUGCAGGCGCUGCGGGAGGCGGUGCGUGGCCUGGACAGGAGGAGCAGCCUGCUGGAGGCAGCGGGCGGCAGGCUGGAGGCCAGGCUGGACCACGUGCAAGACAGCCUGGCACAGGCCGGCGCCGCCACACAGCAGGGCGUCGGCAAGCUGCUGGCGGCCUUCGCCCGGAAGGUGCUACCCUCCGCCACCACGCCCGAGGACUGGGGGCAGGGCGCCGCGCCCCCCGACCUGGCCACGAUACACGACAACUGUCCCACGAGUGAGGCGCCCACGCCCACGCCCUACCCCGAUCCUGCUGCGCCCACCCCCGACCCCCACCCGCCCGUCACGAGGGUGCCUGGGGGCGCCUGGCUGCCCAUGGAGAGGGUGCCUGGGGCCACGCUGUACCUAGACGACCACGACCACGACCGUGCCGCCACGGACACGACCACGACAAUGCCCAGGCCGUCACCCCCCCGCGCCACACCCGAGGCACUUCUGGUAAACAACCCUGAGGCAGUCCAGCCACACACCGCGCCAGACUCACCUUUACCACACUCUCCAGACGCACCCCAGCUACACACGCCAGACGAAAGCACCGACACCGCCUCGACAACGACGACCACCGAAGCCACACCGACGACGACAGCAACGAAAACGACAAAUGAGGAGACGCCAGCAGAUGCAGCGGUCAGCAGUGACGCUCCGGGGCGCGGCCACCAUCACGCCGCCCCCGCCAAGUCCAGCAGGGGUGGCAGGAGGGGAGGCAGGGGAAGGGGCGGAAAGGACAGGGCCGCCUCCAGCCCCGUCAGGACCCCGGGGAAGGGCACGCCGCUCCUGACGGGGCUACAGGAAGCACAAGUGACUCAGGAAGCACAGGUCACGCAAGAAUUGUCGCCAGGAAAGGACACAAAUGAAGCACACAUGCCAGAUAAGGUCACAAAUGAACCACAUAUGCCAGAUAAGGUCACAAAUGAACCACAGAUGCCAAAUAAGGUCACAAAUGAACCACAAAUGCCAGAUAAGAUCACAAAUGAAACACAAAUGUUAGAUAAGGUCACAAAUGAAUCACAAAUGCCAGAAAAGGUCACAAAUGAAGCACAGACGCCAGAAAAGCUCACGAAUGAAGCACAGACGUCAGAAAAAAACACUAAUGAUGUACAAACGAUAGAAAAGGUCACAGAAGCACAAAAAUCGAAAAAUGAGAUCAACAGUGCGCCGAACGUGAGAGAAAAGGUCACAGAUGAAGCACAAACACUAAAAAUGAUCACAAAUGAAGCACAAACACCGGGAAAGGUCACAGACAAAGCUCAGGCACCGGAAAAGGUCACAGAUGAAGCACAUGUGCCAGAAAAGGACACGAAUGAACCACAGACGCCAAGAAAGGUCACAGAUGAAGUCCAGACCUCGGAAGAAGUCAUGAAUGAAGCACAAACCUCGGAAAAGAUCACAAAUAAAGUAAAGAUCCCAGAAAAGCUCACAGAUGAAGCACAAGCACCGGAAAAGGUCACAAAUGAAUCACACGCACCAAAAAAGGUCACAGAGGAGCUAAUCAUUGCAGAGAAGGUCACUCAAGCACAACAGACGCCGGGAAAGGUCGCAGGCAAAGCACAGACACCGAGAAAGGUCACAGAUGAAGAGCAAAAGGUCAUUAAUGCGGCACAAGUCCCAGAAAAGGUCACAGGAGAAUCAAGAGGGAGAGGAAAAGGGAGAGAAAGGAGAGAAAGUGAGAGUGGGAGAGGAGAGAAGGCGAGGGGGGGUAGAGGAAGGCGCCCACGUGGAAGAGGGAAGAAAGAGGAAGGAAGGAAAGAAAGAGGCGCCCUGGGAGAGAAGGAAGAGGAGGAGAAGAAGGAAGAUAAGAAAGAAGAGGAGGAGGGAGGAGGAGAUGGUGCUGAAAAGAGGAAGAAGAAGAGAGAGGAGGUAACGAGGAGGGAAGAAGAGGAGGGAAAGAAGGAGGAAGAAAUAACGAGGAAAAAAGAAGAGAAAAUAAAGGAGGAGGAGAAAAGGAUGAAGGAAGAGGAGGAGGAGAGGAAAAAAGAAGCAAAAGAAAGAGAAGAAAAGGAAAGGAGGAAGAAGGAAGAGGAAAUGAUAAAGAAGAAGAAGGAAGAGGACAUGAUAAAGAAGAAGAAGGAAGAGGAAGAAGAACAGAGACAGAAGGAAAACGAAGAGAAGAAAAGAAAGAAGGAAGAAGACGAAAGAAGAAAGAAGGAAGAGGAAAUAAAGAAGAAAGAAGAGAAAGAGAGGGAAGAAAGGGAAGAAGAAGAGAAGAAAAGAAAGAAGGAAGAAGAAGAAGAAAGAAGAAGGAAGGAAGAGGAAAUAAAGAAGAAAGAGGAGAAAGAGAGGAAGGAAAGGGAAGAAGAAGAAAAGAAGAGGAAGAAGAAAGAAGAGGAGGAAAAGGAAGAGAGAAGGAGACAAGAAGAGGAAGACAAGAGGAGAAAAGACAUAAAUGAAGCAGAAAUGAAAGAGGAAGAGAAAAGAAUACAGGAAAAGGAAGAGGAGGAGGAGGAGGAGAAGAGGAAGACGAUGAAGAAAGAGGUGGAGGAGGAGGAGGAGGAGAAUGAGGAGGAGGAGGGGAAGGAAGCAGGUGAGAAAGAGAAAGAAGAAAAAGAAGAAGAAAACUCACAAAUGGAGAAAGAAGAUGAUGAGAGACAAGAAGCAAAGGAAGAAAAGAAGAAGAAAAAGGAGGAGGAGGAGGAGGAGAGAAGGAGGAGGGAGGAAGAGAAGAAGAAGACUUGGGAUUAUCUUCCUGAGUUACGCCGCAGAGUCUUCAGCAUGGAGGGUAGCGGCGAGGAGGGGCAGGAGGCGGAGGUGGGGAUGUGUGCAAACUGUGGAUUCCUCGCGAAACUCCGGUGCUCUAAUUGCAGACAAGCCUUUUACUGCAAGAGGGAGUGCCAGAGAGAGCAUUGGAAGCAGGGACAUAAAGAUCAAUGCCAGCCUUUCCAGGUGCUACACUCCCCCGAGCUGGGACGGUACAUGGUUGCCUCACGUGACCUCAAGGCAGGGGACAUUAUUCUUCGAGAGGAUCCGAUUGUGGUAGGCCCGAAGCAGGUGACGGAGCCCGUGUGUCUGGGGUGCUACAAGAGAGUGGACGGCUCCUACAGGUGUGAGCGGUGCGGGUGGCCGAUGUGCGGGCCGCAGUGCUGCAGCUCGGCGGACCACCAGCCCGAGUGCGUGGUGGGCCAGGAGAUCGGAUCGCCCAUUGACAUCCAGAACUUUGACGAGACCAACCACUUCUAUGAGGUCAUCUUUGCCAUGAGGUGCCUGGCCCUGAAGAAGCGGUCGCCGCGGCGCUACGAGCAGCUGCUGGCACUGGAGAGCCACUACGAGGACCGCGUGGGCACGCACGUGCACGAGCAGAACCAGAAGCGUAUCGUGAACUUCCUGCGGAACUAUUUCUUUCUGCAGGAGUUCUCUGAGGAGGAGAUCGACAGCUCUGAGCGCACCAUCCACACGGUGACGGGCAUCAUGGACGUAAACGCGCUUGAGAUCCGCCUGGCGGAGACGGAGAUACUGGGUCUGUUCCCAACCUUCGCCAUGAUGGAGCACUCCUGCACGCCCAACACGCGCCACUCCUUCACGGAGGAGCGCCGCGUGGUGCUGCGCGCCGCCGUGGACAUCCGGCGCGGCGAGCACCUCAGCACCAUGUACACGCACAUUCUUUGGGGGACUGCGGCGCGGCGCGACCACCUCAAGCACAGCAAAUAUUUCAUGUGCACGUGCUGCCGUUGUGCCGACCCCACCGAACUGGGCACGCACUUCUCCGCGCUGCGUUGCCAGAGCUGCACCAACGGGUUCCUGCUGUCCGCCGCGCCCCUGGACGAGCUGGCAGACUGGAUCUGCGCCUCGUGCAGCGCCACGCAGUCCUCGGAGGAAGUGACCGACGCCAACCUGCGGCUGGGCGAGGAGGUGGAGGCGGCGCUGGCCAACCCCGAGCUGCGGCGCCUGGAGGAACUGGUGAAUCACCACGCGCGCGUUACGGUGCACCCCAACCACUUCCACUUGUUCGCCGCCAGACACACGCUGCUGCAGAUGUAUGGCCGCGACCCAUCCGCCGCGGCGCCUGAGCACAUGCGGCGCAAGGAGCGGCUGUGUCAGGACUUCCUCAAGGUGUGCACGGCGCUGGACCCCGGCAUGGCGCGCCUCGGCCCCUACGCCGGCGUGGCGCUCUACGAGUACCAUCUCGCCGUGCUGGCGCGCGCACGCGGCGACCCCGACGCCCCACAGAAGGAGUCCGCGGCGCUGAGGAAGGACAUUGAGACAGCCAAGGCGCUGCUGCAGCAGUGCAUCAGAGUGCUGCAGGACGAGCCGCUGGACCAGCCGGAGGGCAAGCUGUGCGCCAUGGCCAAGGCCAACCUGGCGGAGCUACGGCAGUGGGAGGCGAGCAUAGCGGCGCCAUAACACCGCAACACCACGACGCCCCAACACCAUCGACACAGACGCAGCAUCAUGGACUGUAAUCCAAAACACUCCUGCGCCGCGCCUCCACGACAUUCGAAAGGGUCUAGUUGAAGUUACACGGCUUUUUAAGGGUGUUUUUAUGGCUCUAGUGACAGAUUAACAAGAUUUCCACAUUAUGUACAGGAGACUCACUCUUGAGAAUCCGGCUAAUCACCUUUGUGGCCUUAGGAAACAGUCGUGGUGGGAGAACAGGGCGUUUCAGAGUACUCAUAACACAUCACCCACACCAACAGAACCAACAGACAGACAGACAGACAGACACAGAUCAUUUGGGUAGCAGUAUAGAGUGUGUGCGUGUGUAUGUGUGUGUAAGAGAGAGCCGCUGCUUGAAAAUGGGUUGUUUUUUUUCUGUUGUUGAUGUUUAAAAGUGUUUAUAGA